CGACGAGUCCAGUGGCAGCCCUAUAUUUGCGAUCGACAGCGAGCUGGGCGUCAUCACCACGGCGCUGUGUUGUCUUGACCGGGAGAAGACCCAGCGCUACGUCAUCCAGGUGGUGGCGACCGACGGCGGCGGCCUCAAGGGCACGGGAACGGUGGUGGUGAACGUGGACGACGUGAACGACGUGCCUCCGAGGUUCUCGCGGCCCGAGUGGACGCUGGACGUGUCUGAGAGCCUCGACCCCCGACAACGUGCUGGCCACACUCACCGUCGUGGACCAAGACGUCACCAACGACUUCGCCUAUAGGGUGGUGCCCAACAGCGGGAGGGGCUGGCAGAUGUUUACCGUGGAGGGGCGGCGGCGAGGCGGGCCGGGCGGAGACCUUCGCUCACUCACGUCCCUCGAUUAUGAAAAACCUAUUCACCGCAAAGGGUUUCGCUUCAAAGUCGAGGUCACGGACAUGGGAAGAAACGGAUGGGAUGACAAAUAUCACGUGGACGGCGCCUGGGUUAACCUGAGACUUGUGGAUGAGAACGACAACGUGCCCACCUACAUCAGUCGGCACGCGCGGCUCACCCUUCCUGAGGACACCCCCAUAGGAACACAUCUCACCACGUUCACCGCGCGAGACCUUGACGGGGGAGGGCAAGCAAUCCGGUACCAGGUGGCUCCAGCCAGCGACCCCGGCCGUCUGUUUGACGUGGACGGCAGUGGCGCGGUGCGGCUAGUGGGUGGGUUGGAUCGGGAAGUGGCGGACACUCACAGUGUGUUGGUGUGGGCGGUGGACCAAGGUACGCCACCCAGGACUGCCACAGCUACACUAUCCAUUGACGUGACAGACGUGAACGACAACCCGCCGUUCCUGUCUGAGCCUCGCGAGGUGCAGGUGACGGAGAACAGCGAGGCACAGCUGGUGGCGCGGGUCAAGCUGGGUGACCCCGACGACUGGCGGCAGGGUCACGGGCCACCCUUCACCAUCUCCCUGGAUCCCCGCGCGCCGCCCCACGUCACCGACAGCGUCAGAGUCACACUGGACAGGAGAGGGGACGACGGGCGGGGCGUGGGCGUGGUGUGGACGCGGGCGGCGCUGGACCGAGAGGAACGUCCCGCUCUGCUGGUGCCCCUGGUGGUGGGCGACGCCGGGUGGCCGUCCCUCACCGCCACCGUCACCCUCACCCUGCACGUGGCCGACGUCAACGACAACCCCAUGGCGCCCGCCGCCAAGACCGUCACCGUGCACACCAUGCAGCGGCAGGGAACAGCAGUGCCCCUGGGGCGGGUGUACGUGCAGGACCCAGAUGAUUGGGACGCCGCAUCCAAGACCUACGCCUGGAGUGACCCUCAGGCGGGCUUCUUCCUCGACACCUCCAGCGGUCACUUGUCCAUGGCACCCUCCACCCGAGACGGCCGGUACGAACUGAGUUUCAAGGUCAGUGAUGACAGUCAGGGUCAAUUCGGCGUCAAAGCAAACGUGACAGUGGAGGUGAAAACGAUGAGCUCGGAUGACGUGAAGCACGCGACUCCCAUCACGCUGGCAGUGGACCCAGGCUACCUUGUCAAGGCUGAGAAGGGCGAGGCUUCCUUGCUGACCCGACUAAAAGCUACUGUCAGUGUGUGGGUGGGAACGGAAGUGGAGGCGGCAUGGGUGCAGCCCCUCAAGGAGAACCAGGAGCCUUCCAUGGAAAGCGCAGGUUCCCGGGUGUGGCUGGUCACACCGGGGGUCAUCAACGCUGACCACGCUCUACUUUAUCGCAAGAGCGAACUGAGCAACAUUCUGGGGGUAGAGGUGAAGACGGUCGGAGUGGGCACGUGCCAGGAGCACUUCGUCGACAAGGUGCAUGUUCCUGCGGGCACCGAGAAGCGCUCAACAGCGGAUUCUGAAUGUGAGAACGGGUGCUGGGCGCGGACCGUCCUCAGUAGUGGAUUUAGCAUUGUUGAUGCGAACACCUCAGCUGUUGUGGGGCCCAGACUGGAGGUGCAAACAGGCUGUGGUUGUGACAACUCAUCGCCUUCACCUGACACCACCUGCACGCCUUACACUUGUCUGAAUGGCGGCAGGUGUGUCUCUACAUCAACAGGCACUGAGUGCAUCUGUCCCCAUGGCACGUGGGGUUCCCACUGCAAGGUGCUCUCCAGACACUUCGAGGGCGGCGGAGGGCGUGGUGCCGGUGGCGGGUCCAUGUCCAAGGGUGCAUGGGCGUGGGUGCCGCCGAUUCCGCCCUGCGCUGAGGUGCACAUCAGUCUGGAAAUAUUGAGCACAACGAAAUCAGCCGCGCUGCUCUACUCUGGGCCAGAGCAAGGGACUGAGCAGAAGCAAGGCAACCGUGACCUCAUGCUGCUGGAGCUGAGUCAAGGGCGGCCGGUGCUGCUGCUGGACCUGGGUGGCGGCCCCGUCACCCUCACCCUCAACUCCUCCGCCUCACUGGCCGACAACACGUGGCACAGGAUAGACCUCAUCUGGAAGGACGAGCUAAUGGAGAUGAUCGUGGACCUGUGUCUGGGCAGCAGCUGGGACGAGCCGCCAACUCUUGCUUCGGCCGCUCAAAAUCGCACAUCAGCACCAGUCCUUCCUGACGCCCAUGCAUGCAGGGGAGCGGCGAGGCUGCCACGGAACACCCGUGUGCUGAACACCAGCGGGGUGCUUCAGGUGGGGGGGCUGGUCUAUCCUCUGCCGGCCCUCAAGACGGAAGGCAAAUCGGCGCCGCGCCACCCGCCACACUUCCGAGGCUGCAUCAGGAACCUCAGGAUCAACGGCAAGCUAGUGGACCUGGGCAGCGGAGUCCUCAGCAGCGCCAGCUCCCCGGGGUGUCCUGCCGCAGACUGCCUCGCCAAUCAUCUCCACUGCGGACUCCACGGCAGAUGUCAGGGAUCACCGGGGUCCCUGCGGUGUGAGUGCCAGCCAGGGUGGGGCGGCCCGGGCUGUGCCUCGCCCACCACGCCCACCACCUUCCUCCCCAACAGCUACGUCAAGUUGGCCCUCUCCUUCUCACCCCUGGCCUACACCACCUCCAUCACCCUCAGGUUCCGCACCCUGAGGAGGAGAGGCGAGCUGGUAGUGCUAUCAUCGCAGCACGGGAGGGACAGCUGGUCAGUACAGCUGGUGGGCGGCCGCCUGUGUGCGGUGCUGCACCUUCACCCUCGACCUCCAGCCUCGAUAUGCCUUUCACGAGCAACUCUCACAGAUGGUCGAUGGCACUCUCUCACAGCUAACAGGUACGGAUCAGCCACCUUCCUCUCUGUGGAUGAUGGGGAUGGUGACUUGUACAAUGCAUCACUGGUGCUGGAGGGACGGCAGCUGCUGGAGAUGGAUGGCCAGGAGGGAGUGUUGAUUGGGGGCUCACCAGAAUAUGUGGGAGCUACCAUGUUUAAAGUACACAACGACUUCCGGGAAGGUUGCAUCGAUGACCUGCGUAUCUCAGGCCAUAGUGCACCGCUGCCACCAGCUGUCAACAGCACACCCUGGGGCCAGGCAAGUGCCUUUAAGGGUGUGCAGCGAGGCUGUGUUGCCCCAUCAGCCUGUGCCAAUGUGUCUUGCAGACCACCGCUCUCCUGUGUCGACACCUGGAGGUCCUACCACUGUGGAUGUGGUGAGGGACGUGUACUUAGUCGAGGCCGCAUGACGUGUGAAGAUGAGGAUGAAUGCGCUUGGCAGCCUUGCCUUAGUGGUGGCUCAUGUUUCAACACUCAGCCAGGGUAUGUGUGCUCCUGCCCAGCGGGGUUCAGUGGACAACACUGCCAGCUGCCUGAUGUGGGCCAGACCUCCCUCAAGCUGCCCAUGGGAGUCCUGGUGACCAUUGUGGUGUGGUGCAUCUUCCUUGUGUUACUUGUAUGUGCAUUCCUGCUCCACCAACACCACCGCCGUGCUGCACUACGCAGGGGCAUGACAGAUGCCAAGGAUGCCACUGUGGAUUGUAAGGGUCAAGUGUCAUCGCCAUGCAACCACACACCCAACCUACUUGAACUACAAUUGCUGAAACCACCUAAAAGCAAUGGCCAGCCUGCCUGGGCCAGAAAUCCCAACAUUGCUGAUGUGGAUGUGCUACAGGUGGAUGCAACAUCAGAGACAAGUAGCAUGGAGGAACAGAGGCGGAGUGGCACCCAAGCAGCAGUGGUUCUUGAGAAUGGAGAGAGGAGAGGGAUGACAACCAGAACAGAGAAAUUAAGAGUAGAUUUCAAGGGAGGGGAGGAAGCUGUGCUGACAGGAGACGAUUUGAGGAACUAUGCCUACGAGGGUGAAGGCUCAUCCCCAGGUUCUCUCUCAUCUUGUCUGGAGAGCUGCAGUGGCAGCGCCAAAUUUCUGGGAGGUUUCCGUGAGGUUGCACACAUGCUGGAGUCAUGACACACAGCUGGAUUCCAGGUGGCCUCCACGCCACAUAAAACUCAUCCUGCCCAUCCUCCAGCCACACCGCCACUUACAGCCACAGUUGUGCACACCACUCAUAAUGGAAACUCUGAGGUUGUCAUCUCUUCAUGCAAGUCCCUACUGGAGGCACCUCAACCUGAAGGAGUCCAAGAGAACAUGUCUGAAGGCCAGGGGCCCAAGACUGUGCCCCAUUCACUGGCCUCCCCAAGCAGUGCCUUCCAUAAAUGAUUAAUUUGUCACCAAACAAAUAUAUAUAUAUAUAUAUAUAUAUAUAUAUAUAUAUAUAUAUAUAUAUAUAUAUAUAUAUAUAUAUAUAUAUAUAUAUAUAUAUAUAUAUAUAUAUAUAUAUAUAUAUAUAUAUAUAUAUAUACAGUUCUUUUGUGAUGCGUUGCACGCUGCUUCCUGUGUCCUUCGUCAUGCUGGUGUGAAUGCUCUACCUUGUAAAAAUAUAUUUUAUAAAGCUGUCUUUCUUUGGCAGAGAGAUUUUUACCAUAAUGCACAGUUUUACUGAGUUCCUGUAUUGUAUUUCCAUCAUAUGAACUGUUCGCAAUUGCCAAAUUCUUAAUAAAGUAUUUUCUUAAAAAUAAA